CAUGAACUUCAAAUGUGAAAGAUGCAAGUCGCUUUGGUCACCUUGGGAACAUAUUUUCUACAACAUUCAGCUAUCGUUUGCUUCAGAUCCAAAACAACGUGUUUGACUUCCCUCAUUUCUGAUUUCUGAUUCCUUUGGACUGGCUCGAGGACGGAAUUGGCGUGCUCCUCCCCAAUGAAGUAACAAGAGUCAGAACUGCCAGGGUAUAGGAAUACGACCAUGAAGUUUAACUUUCAAUUCAACAACCUCUUGGGAACGGUGUACCGUCAGGGAGACCUGGUCUUUUCCUCCGAUGGGAACAUUUUGUUUAGUCCGGUGGGCAACAAGAUCAGCCUGUUUGAUCUCCGCCAUCAUAAGUCCCAAACUUUGGAGCCAGAUGAUUCGCGAUCUAAUAUCUCGGCCUUAGAUGUGUCUCCGGAUGGUUGCACCUUGCUGGCCGGCAAUGACGAGGGCGAGAUCCUGUUCCUGAGUCUCAUCAGUCGGAGUGUUCUCCAUCGUCAACGGACCAAUUCAUCCAUCACGGCCAUCAAAUACUCGCCCGAUGGUCAGCGAUUCGCCGUGGCCCGCGACGCCAUUGUGUAUGUAUAUCGCACACCCGGACCCUACACGCGGCAAUAUCACGGCUUAGGCCUCGAACGUGUGCUCAAAGGCGCUUAUGACGACAUCACGUCCUUGUGCUGGUCGAGCUGUUCCCGGAUUCUGGCCGCUGGAUCCAAGGAUAUGAGCACGCGCCUACACGCGUUGAGCCCUUUCUUGAAUUUCUCAUUGUGCGCAUUGGGGGGACACGCUGAGGCCCUCGUGAAUGUCUUCAUUGAGCCCGAUAGUCUCAAUUGCUUCACGGUCAGUCGCAACGGGCAUUUAGCCAUCUGGGAAAGCUCUUUGGAAGUGGCGGAACUGGUACCAGGUACGCGAAAAAUCGCACGUCAGGGCCAGCAGAAGAAAGAGGAGGAGAGCGAAGAUGACAUGAACCCGCCUUCGGCGGAGAUGAAGGAAGAAGUCGACGAUCCCAAUCGUUCGAAGCGGGUCAAAUACUCGCGGUUGGCACGACAUUUUUUGAAGGAUGCUUUGCCCGAUGAAGAUAAAAACGGUUGGUUGUGCGCCGCCGACUACCAUGCCAAAGCUGCUAUAUUGGUGACGGGUUUCACCCAUGGGGUGUUUUUGAUCCACGAAAUGCCGGAUUGUAAUCUGAUUCACUCCCUUUCGAUCGCUGAUCAUGACAUCUCGAGUGUGCGUAUCAACGCUACGGGGGAUUGGAUCGCGUUUGGAUCGGCCAAUCAAGGACAAUUACUCGUGUGGGAAUGGCAAUCGGAAACUUACGUUUUGAAGCAACAGGGUCAUUUCAACAGCAUGGCUUGUCUGGCUUACUCGCCCGAUGGGCAAAACAUAGCCACUGGGGGCGAAGAUGGGAAAUUGAAAUUGUGGAACGCUAACUCUGGCUUCAGCUUCGUAACCUUCACCGAGCACAAGGCCGCCAUUUCCGACGUGGCAUUCACCCCCAACGCCAAGGUGGUGCUAUCUGCUUCUCUCGAUGGCACGGUUAGAGCGUUCGACAUGAAAAGAUAUCGUAACUUUAAGACCUUCACUUCACCCCGACCCGCUCAGUUUCGAUGUCUAUCGGUCGAUGCGAGUGGCGAGCUUGUCUCGGCCGGCGGGUUAGACGUGUUCGAGAUCUACCUUUGGUCCAUGAAGACUGGCAAGCUUCUCGAGGUUAUUUCAGGUCACGAAGGCCCUGUGGCGUCCCUUGCCUUCAGCUUAUCACCUACUAGUAGCAUGCUGGCCAGUGUGAGUUGGGAUCAAACCCUGAGAUUAUGGGAUGCCCUGGCUGUGAACUCAAACAACGAGAGUGUUCCACUUUCCAGUGAUGCAACGGCCGUGGCGUUUCGCCCAGACGGGCAGCAAGUCGCUGUGGCCACGUUAAAUGGGCAAAUUCAGUUCUUUGACCCUCGAUCCGGAACCCAGACAGGCACCAUAGAAGGGAAGAAAGAUCUGGGUGGUGGCAGGUCCGAUACAGAUUUGAUCACGGCCAAGAAAUCAUCCGAAGGCAAGUGCUUUAUGACUCUGUGCUACUCUGCCGAUGGUUCCUGUUUGUUGGCAGGAGGACAAUCAAAAUUCAUUUGCAUUUAUUAUAUCCAAGAAAAGUUGUUGGUAAAGAAGUUCGAAGUGACCCAAAAUCGAUCAUUUGAUGCUAUGGACGAGGUGAUUAGUCGAAAGAAGAUGUCUGAAUUCGGCAACCUGGCCCUAGUAGAGGACCGAGAUGAUUCCCUUGGUUCAAAAACAAUUGCUUUACCCGGCACAAAAAGAGGAGAAAUGUCAAGCCGAUCUCUUCGCCCAGAGGUUCGAGUGAUGGGUUUGCAGUUUUCACCCACCGGUAGAGAAUUUGCCGCUGUCACGACCGAAGGCCUUUUGCUAUUCUCCUUGGACACCAAAGUGUUCUUUUCGCCCAUCGACAUGGACGAAAAUACGCGCCCAGAUGUCAUUCGGCAACUGAUUUUGGAUCAAGUCUUCGAUCAGGCUCUCAUCAUGGCUUUGAAACUAAACGACAACGCUCUACUAAUCGAAACCAUUGAGCAAAUCCCGAAAGAAGAAAUUGGCCUCAUCACACAAGAUUUGUCUGAGAAAUUUGUCCCCAAUCUGGCCAAGUUAGUGGCUCAGCAAAUCGACACUUCUCGUCAUCUCCACUUUUACGCCCUUUGGGCCCAAGGCCUCCUAACCAACAAAGCGCACCUCCUCCGAAAAGGCUCGAAUGAAAUUCGACCCGUCUUGAAUUCACUGCACAAGAGUCUCAUUCUAAAGAGCGCCAAACUCAACGAGAUAUCUGAACACAAUUUGUACACGAUGCGAUUUCUCAUAGCUAAGGCUAAGCAAUAUCGAGCUAAAGAACUUAAGUCGGCGAAUGAGGAAGAAGCCAUGGAACAAGGGGACCCAGUCGAGAAUAGUGACGGGAGCUUGACGGGUUCAGACGACGAAACGGGCGACGGAGGAUUUCUGUCGAAUUGGGAUUAAACCCAGAUAACAAUGAUGAUUGCGAUAAUAAACCAUUCUUACCAGUAAAAUGCCA